AACCCUGCUAUAUUCAAACAGAAAUCCAGGUGUGAAACAAUGGCAUCGUCGCCUCUAACCGGCAAGCUCGAGUUUGACGUCGAGAUCGACGCUACUCCCGAACAGUUCCACCAUAUGUGGGCACACAGGCCGCACCAUGUGCACCACACCAGCUCCGAGAAAGUGCAAGGAUGCGAUUUACACGAAGGCGAAUUCGGGAAAUCCGGCGUCACCAUUUGCUGGAAAUAUGUGCACGAUGGAAAGGCUAAAACAGCGAAGCAGGUGGUGGAUUAUGACCACGAUGGCAAGUCCAUAGUAUUCACAAUGCUAGAAGGUGAUCUGAUGGAUGAAUACAAGAGCUUCGUGAUCACGAUUCAAACUCUGCCCAAGGAGGAUGGUAAAGGCUGUAUAGCGCACUGGAUUUUGGAUUACGAAAUGCUGCAUGAAGGCGUCGGACACCCCGAGAGUCUGCGUCAGUUCUUUAUCGAACUCACCGCCGAUAUGGCUGCUCACCUCGUCAAAGAGGAAUAGUUUAAAGCUAUGAAAAAGAAAUCCCAUCUAGAACCGCCUGCUGUUUGUGUUAUUGACUGUAAAGUACCCAUCUGAGAAUAAAAAUGGGAUCUUUGUACUGUGUUUGAUGAGGCUGUACGUAGCUUUCUGUGUUUCUCUGUAUGUCUUCUGUUUCUAUGUUUCUAAAUGAAACUUCUUUUGUGCUGUA